CACGGAAGUAUAUAUACGACGGACAAGCAUGGGCACCCGAGUUGCUGCACGUCAGGUUCUUCGGUGGAUGGUGAGAAAUGCCCCCUCUACUCCACCUCAGUUGGGCCGAUGUCUCCUCCAGCCUUUAUGCAUCGAGUGCAGGUUGUGUUCCUCCACCAGUCAGAGUACUCUGCAGUCAAUGCAACACAACCAUAAAGUCAGUACUUCAUCCAGGAAGCCGGACACAGAGCUGCCCCUACAGUCUUUGCUCGACAUGGGAUUCACAGACACCCAGGCAGAGCGGGUUUACGACACCAUGUCCAAACUCAAAGGAGGAAGUGCUGCCAAACAUGCUCUGUCAACUCUCACAGCUCUGUUUGUGUUGGGCCUCAACCCUUCCAGUGUGCUCAAACUGCUGGAGAAAUGUCCUGAGCUUUACACCGUCCAGGAUUCGCAACUUCAGCAGCGCCUAAGCAACCUACGGAAACUUGGUUUAGUUGAAGGCAGUCUUCAGAGAUUGGUGGCCCAUUACCCCCAGAUCCUGAUCGUGCCUGUGAAGACAAUAAAGAAUGUGGUGUUGUUCCUCAGGGAGAAGUGCCUGUUUACCGUCCAGCAGGUCAAGGACAUCCUCAGAGAAAGUCCGGCCAUAGUAGUGGAAAACACGGAUCAGCUGGAGUACAAGUUUCAGUACGUCUACUUUCGAAUGGGUGUCAAACAGGCAACGAUGGCGAAGUACAAACUGUUCCGUUUCACUCUGGACGAAGUGCGCCAUCGACACUGUUUUCUGGAGCGCAGGGGGCUGUAUCAAACCCCAGACAAGCGUGGACAGACGGUCAUCAUCAACCCCAAACUGGACACAAUCCUCAACGUGGACCAGGACACUUUCCUUGCAGAUGUUGCCAAGGCAUCAGCGGAGGAGUAUGAUGUGUUUAAAAGACUGAUGGCAAGAGAAUGGCAGGAACAGGAGCCGCAGCUGGGCAGCAUUGAAGCUGAUAGUGAUGAUGAUGAUGAUGAUGAUGAGGAAGAAGAGGAGGAUGAAGAGACUGGGGGGAAAAGCGGAUACAGGAAUAGGAGAAAGAGGUCAUAGUGGCGAAGGGACUGAGAGAAUAUUUGAAAGGGGAAAUGAAAUGAUUAGACAAAAAAUGACAUAUCUGAUGGUGUUUAAUAAAAUGUUUCCUUUUAACUGUUUGUUGAACUCCGGUUGGUCAUGAAGUGCUAUUGAAAUUCUAAUCUAAAACACACAUGGAGACAUGAUGUUGUGUUUAUCAUUACGUAGCUUGUUCUCUUUUGAAUGUAGCCAUCAUAGCAACGUAUUUGAGUGAGUGAACCCUCUCAGAUUAUUUCUGUGUUGAUCUACGUUGCAACAUCAGGCAGGAUGCGAGGUGUGAUGACGCCAGUGUGAGGUUAGGCUGAUAGAUGAGGACUCUAUAUGCAAGACUGUAAUGGUGAAAAGUUUCUCCCAUUCAUUCUUUCCACUGUCAAAAAUUAUUUGACUUCCAAAGCAAUUUGGGAGUAAGUGCCUUGAUGCUAGGAGGAAAUGUGAAGGAAAUGUGACUCUAAUCAAUGUAAUUGAGAUGGUUUUGAAACGAGUUCUUGCGGUCAAAUCAGAUUUAAAACAUCUUGGGUAUAAAACACUGAAAAAGCAACAGCACAAAGGGCAGCAGAGAGGAUGAAUGCUCCCCCCUGUUACUAUGUGACAACCAAGGGGCUGUAUCUUUCCCCAUCCCUAUAUUAUCUGAGUGAGUCAACAAAGAGUACAUCAGAUAAGGCCGGCGGGUGAGACGAGUUGUACAACACACCCAUUGAUUUAUAGAAGCGUUAAGCCUAGUGGAUGUAAAAUGCAGUGAGGUUUUUCUGUUCUGGACAUCAGGUAAGAAAACUUACCUUUGGCCAAUCAAUAAGUUGUCAAUAGGUGUGUCAGCGCAAAGUUUAAGCUGAAGCAAGUGAUUUUCAGUUUUUGUGUUUGAGCAUUUGUUAGCAUUGAGGGGGGGCGGUGGCAUAAUUAUAUUUGUAUUAUUCCCCUCUAAUCUUUUAUCUAUUAAAUACUAAUUCCCCACCUGAGAAUGUAGGCUGUAAAAUGCAUUAAAAUUAACUGCAAAUUAA